AGCUCACUUCAAGUACUGUGGGGUGGAGACUCAACAGACAAGCCACUGACCCAUGGGGUGAAGGGGAAUGUGGACUGCAAGUGAUAUGCAAACAUUGUAACACGGCAAUGUAUUUCCAUUACGUUUCAAAUACUUGCAUAAAUUAUGUCUACAGAAUCUAUACGCUGUGGGAUGUGAAGUGGGUAACAGCACUAGGCAGAUUAUGCCAAAUUGGAAUCGGUUGCCUCGAAGGCGCCCCAGCCUUGAUUUUUCAGGCGUCAGGUUUCAUCCGACAGCGUAAACACCCUCCCAGCUAUAACAGGGGUAAAUAUCCCUGACACGGACCAAGAUGACACUUUAGUUAUCAAGGGAAAUGGUUGAAGAAUAACAGAGAACCGAUUACGGCCAACCUGCCAUAAUGCCGCUCUUUUUAUACGUUGAGGGCGGGGAACUAAGCGCCUUCUGGCAAUUCUAACUGAAAUAACAUGAGUCCCACAGGAAAGUUGUCUGAAUGGCACAACAAGGCUCAGUUUUGCUUUUUUUUUCUUUUUUCUUUGUCAAGCAGCCAAAACUCCGCUUUGAGUCCAAAAGUGAGCGACUGCCGACUGCAGCAGAAAUCCCUCGGGAGGACUGUACCUCCCUAUUCGCUUCUCCUAGGGCAGGAUCCACCUAACGAGGGCGAUUUUUUUCCAAAUCACCGCCGCCAUUCCAAAGGAACGAGGACCACACUCACUCUGCGCUCAAGAGAAAAAGGGAAGAUGGCGUCCGUCCCUUUUUCCCUCACUGACGCACUAGCGCCUCGUCCGACGUGAAACAAAAUGGCUUCUGGAGUAGGCCCGAACCCUGCAUAGAAGAGAAUCGACUAAGUUUGGAGGCGGGCAUAUGGGUGAACAGCCAAUAGAUAGUAGCAGGAGAGGCAGAACAACCCAAUAGCUACCAUGGGCGGUAUUUUGAGCCUCAGGUUGCCCAAUGAAGUGUUCUACAGGUGCUGAUUGCAGGGCCCGCCCGCACAGUUCUGGGCGGUACUCGGAUAGGCGGGCGGGCGCUGAGACGGCCGUUUCCUGUCCUGGUGCAUGGUGGUCGGACGGAGGAAUUGUUGGAAAAUUUCUCGGCGAGGAGAGUAUUUCCAGACUCCUGAAGAUUUCUGGUAGCUCAGAUGUAACACUUUGUUGAAUUAACACUGGAGGCACCCCCAGAAGAGAGCCUUGGAGAGUGGGUAGACAAUGUUAUUAGCUCAUAUCAAUCGAGACUCUCAGGGAAUGACGGAGUUUUCUGGAGGGGGGAUGGAGGCCCAGCAUGUAACUCUCUGCUUAACAGAAGCUGUAGCGGUGCAAGAUGGAGACAACUUAGAAAACAUGGAAGGAGUAAGCUUGCAAGCAGUUACACUUUCUGAUGGUUCCACUGCUUAUAUACAGCAUAAUUCUAAAGAUGGCAAAUUAAUGGAUGGACAGGUGAUUCAACUGGAAGAUGGCUCAGCUGCCUAUGUCCAACACGUUCCCAUGUCCAAAAGCAGAGAUAGUCUUCGGUUAGAAGAUGGACAGGCUGUUCAACUUGAAGAUGGAACGACAGCUUUCAUUCAUCACACUUCUAAAGAUAGUUACGACCAGAGUGCCCUACAAACAGUACAGCUGGAAGAUGGGACGACUGCUUACAUUCACCAUACAGUACAGGUGCCACAAUCAGAUACCAUCUUGGCUAUACAGGCUGAUGGCACAGUAGCUGGCCUUCACACAGGAGAUGCUACCAUUGACCCAGAUACUAUCAGUGCUUUGGAACAAUAUGCAGCCAAGGUGUCUAUUGAUGGAAGUGAUAAUGUUAGUAGUUCUGGAAUGAUAGGUGAUGGUGAACAAGACAAAAAAAUGCAGAUUGUCUUGCAAAGCCACAGCACAAGAGUGACUUCUAAGUCACAGUCCAGUGGAGACAAGUCUUUUCGGUGUGACUAUGAUGGUUGUGGGAAACUGUACACUACUGCUCAUCAUCUCAAGGUGCAUGAAAGGUCUCACACAGGAGAUCGACCAUAUCAGUGUGAACAUCCAGGAUGCGGGAAAGCAUUUGCAACAGGUUAUGGACUAAAAAGUCAUGUCCGAACUCACACUGGAGAGAAGCCAUAUAGUUGCUCAGAGGAGAACUGCACAAAAUCUUUCAAGACUUCAGGAGACCUACAGAAACACAUCAGAACACACACAGGUGAAAGACCCUUCAAGUGCCCCUUUGAAGGAUGUGGUAGAUCCUUUACAACAUCUAACAUCAGAAAGGUUCACAUCAGGACACAUACGGGGGAAAGGCCCUAUUAUUGUACAGAGCCAGGAUGUGGAAGAGCAUUUGCCAGUGCAACUAAUUACAAGAAUCAUGUGAGAAUACAUACAGGAGAGAAGCCUUAUGUAUGUACAGUCCCAGGAUGUGAUAAACGGUUUACAGAAUAUUCCAGUUUAUAUAAACACCAUGUUGUACAUACACAUUCCAAACCGUAUAACUGUAAUCACUGUGGGAAAACAUACAAACAAAUUUCUACACUUGCAAUGCACAAGCGGACAGCGCACAAUGACACUGAACCAAUAGAAGAAGAGCAAGAAACAUUUUUUGAACCACCUCCAGGUCAAGGUGAAGAUGUUCUUAAAGGAUCUCAGAUAACUUAUGUAACAGGUGUAGAAGGAGAAGAUGUUGUUUCUGCGCAAGUUGCUACAGUGACUCAAACCGGGCUAAGCCAGCAAGUCACACUCAUUUCUCAAGAUGGAACACAGCAUGUUAACAUAUCUCAGGCUGACAUGCAGGCUCUUGGAAAUACUAUCACUAUGGUAACACAGGAUGGCACCACCAUUACAGUCCCUGCCCAUGACGCCACCAUUACAGUCCCUGCUCAUGAUGCAGUUAUUUCUUCUGCAGGAACACAUUCUGUUGCAAUGGUCACAGCAGAAGGCACUGAAGGACAGCAGGUUGCCAUUGUGGCUCAGGAUCUAGCAGCAUUUCAUAGUGCUUCACCAGAAAUUGGACAUCAACAACAUGGACAUCAUCUAGUGACUGCAGAAUCUAGGCCUGUUACAUUGCUGGCAACAUCCAAUGGAACACAGAUUGCAGUGCAGCUUGGAGAACAGCAAUCUUUGGAAGAAGCCAUUAGAAUAGCUUCCAGAAUCCAGCAGGGUGAAACGCCUGGAAUUGAUGAUUAACUACUAAUAUGGCUAAAGGAACAAUAGAAAUACAUUUUAUUUUCAGUCAACAAGGUCUGUACCAGCUGAAAUCCAUACAAAGUUUGACAUGUUCUUACUCACUAAUACUUUGCAUAAACUUUACUCAAGAGUGAAGGACUUUUCACAUGUAUAAUGUUUAUGUAUAAGAAUUUUGGAAUAGAUGGAUUCCACCUAUUAAGAAUUAUUCUCUACCCAGGACUAUGGAAUUAGGAUUUUAUAUUAAAUUUUCUUGCAUAUACUUAACAUCAGAUUCCAAACGACAGACAAGCAUCAGCUAUAGAAAUAUGGGGAUGAGAUUUUUAAUGUUGCACAAAAACAAUUAAGGCAUUAUGGAAGAUUUCAGAUAUUUAAAACAUGGCAACAAUCAUUUCAAAAAUUGUAAGUGAAGCAGUUUUAAUAUUUUCUCAUGUAAGGUUCUGAAUUUUGAGACCUUUGUAAAUAGUACAUUUUGAAUGGUGUUUCAUACACAAAUUGAAGAUUCAUCUUUAGCUUUCCCCUCCUGUCUCAUUGAUUGUAAAUACAGAUUGUUCAUGCUGGAAGUGCUAAUUAUAAUAUCUUUGAAUUGGAUUAUGUACAAAAGUGAAACUUUGGUUGUUCAAUAUUAAAGGCAGUAAAUCUGUGUUUUUCCCCUUCUUCGCA